GAGGCACUUGAGCAAUUUCUGGAGGAGGAAGAAGAAAAAGUAGUCGAAUUUAAGCGCAAGGAUGAUUCAAAAUUUAUGGAUCGAGGUAGACAUAAGCAUAAAGAAGAGACUAACAAAAAGAAGGAGACAAAACAUAGGAAGAAGGAAGAGAAGAAUAAAAAAGAAGAAGAGAACGCAAAGGAGAAGACCAAGGAUGAUGAAGCAAAUGAAAAGGGAAAGGAGAUAAAUGAAAGUUGCAAGAAAGCCGGAGAGGGAUGUUGGAGCAGCAAUUCAUGCUGUAGUAAAUACUGCUGGUUCUUCAUGUGUAGAUCGUGA